CAGGAGAAUCAACACGAUCACUGAAGAUGGAGAAAUCGAAGGUUGGAAUCGAGAAGUUUGAUGGAUCCGAUUUCGGUUUCUGGAAGAUGCAAAUCGAAGACUAUCUGUACCAGAAAGAUCUUCACGAACCCUUGACUGGGGUGAAGCCGGAUUCCAUGACAGAGGAGCAGUGGAAGCUCAAGGAUCGUCAGGCGUUAGGGAUGAUCUGGUUGACUUUGACGAAGAACGUGGCAUUCAACAUCGUGAAAGAGAAUACUACGGCGGGUCUAUUGAAGGCCCUAUCAAAUAUGUACGAAAAACCAUCUGCGAUGAACAAGGCGUUGAUUUUGCUGUCAUCUAUGCCCGAGUCUUGGGAUACUGUUGUUGCUGCAAUUAGUAGUUCUCGUGGGUCUGAGAAACUAAAGUUCGAUGAAAUCCAUGAUGUUGUUCUUAGCGAAAGUAUUCGCAAGAGAGAAAUGGGUGAUUCAUCGGGCAGUGCUCUCAGCGUUGACCGAAGGGGUAGAAGCAAGUUCAAGGGCCAACAUCAACAUGGCCGAUCAAAAUCAAAGAAUCGAGGCAAGUCUCCGAAUAGAUCCAAUAUAACUUGUUGGAAUUGUGGAGACAAAGGGCACUUUAAGGCGGACUGUAAGAAGCCAAAGAAGAAGCAGAAUCAGAAAUCUGGAGAUGACGGUGAUUCUGUAAAUUCAGCAGAGGAUAUUGGGGAUGCUCUAAUCCUCAGUGUGGACAGCCCUGUUGAAUCUUGGAUUUUGGAUUCUGGUGCAUCUUUCCAUUCGUCACCAAGCAAGGAGUUCCAAAAUUUCAAAUCUGGAAAUUUUGGAAAGGUGUAUCUUGCUGAUAACAAGGCCUUGGUGAUUGAAGGGAAAGGGGAUGUCUCCAUAAAAACACCAGCAGGAAAUCAAUGGACAUUGAAAGAUGUCAGAUAUAUUCCUGGUCUCAAGAAGAAUCUGAUCUCUAUUGGUCAGUUGGAUAACAAGGGCUAUGCAGCAGAGUUUGGGAAAGGUUCUUGGAAGAUUGUGAAAGGUGCUAUGGUUGUAGCACGAGGCACAAAAUUUGGAACUUUGUACACCACUGCAGGGUUUUGGGAUGACAAGAACAGAAAGAUCCUGAGACAUUGUGACGUGACAUUUGAUGAGUCUGUCCUGUACAAGGACAAGGACAGAGAGCAGAAGGUUCCAGAGACUACGAAGCAAGUGGGAGUUGAGGUUGAGUUGGAGAAAAGUACCCCCAUAAAUGUUGAAGCAGAAACUCAACCAACUCCACACACUGUUGUUGAAGAACCUAAGGUGGAGCAAGUGACACCUGAGCAGGUGUUGAGGAGAUCAUCCAGGAUUAGCAGGGUACCAGAUAGAGAGACAAGAGACAAAUUCUCUGUAAUUGUAUCUGCCUGAAAUCGUCAAUAAACACAUCUAGCCGCCGUGGAAGUUUACUCACGGGGUGUUACCACGUUAUUUCACGUGUUUCACUUUCUCUCUCUACUUUUACUCUCUCGUUUUUUCUUCACCUUCUUCAUCGGAUUUCUGUGAGUGUUCUUGAUUCAAUCCUAACACAAGUAAGGGUCGAUCCCACGGAGAAAGUUUGUACUUUUGAAAUCAAAAUAGCAUGCACACACAUUGUCACUAAAGAAAAUGAACUAACUACUACAUAUAUGAUAACACUUAUAAAACUUAUAAUAAAACUUAUAACUAAAU